GGCAAUACGGGCGGGGAGGGCCGGAAGGGAUAAAAGCGCAGCCGCCGACCCCGCUAGCCUCACGGUCUCUGGAUUGCUGCGGGUUCUGUACCUGCAGCUCCAGCCUCUUGCCUGCGCCACGCUUCCCGCGUCCGAGCCGACCAUGGCCGGGCCCCUGCGCUCCCCGCUGUUCCUGCUGGCCAUCCUGGCCGUGGCCCUGGCCUUGAGCCCCGCGGCCGGCGCGAGCCCCGGGAGGACUCCGCGCCUGUUGGGCGGCCCCAUGGACGCCAGCGUGGAGGAGGAGGGCGUGCGGCGCGCGCUGGACUUCGCCGUCAGCGAGUACAACAAGGCCAGCAACGACAUGUACCACAGCCGCGCGCUGCAGGUGGUGCGCGCCCGCAAGCAGAUCGUAGCCGGGGUGAACUACUUCUUGGACGUGGAGAUGGGCCGAACCACAUGUACCAAGAACCAGCCCAACUUGGACAACUGUCCCUUCCAUGAGCAGCCACAUCUGAAGAGGAAAGCAUUCUGCUCUUUCCAGAUCUACAGUGUGCCUUGGCAGGGCAUAAUGACCUUGUCGAAAUCCAACUGUCAGAACGCCUAGGGGUCUAUACCAGGCUGGCCUGUACCUGCCACCUGUUACGCACACCUCCACCCCUGUAGUCUCCCACCCCUGGACUGGUGGCCCCCACCCUGGGGAAGGUCUCCCCACACCUGCCCCAGGAGACAGAGAAGGCGGCAGGAGGCCUCUGUGGCUCAGCAGGGGGUGCUGCCCUCCCUCCUUCCUUCUAGCUUCUCACAGCCCCUGUGUGCAGCACACAGCACCCCCCACCUCCUGCAAUAAAACAGUAGCAUCGCC